AUGCCACUAAGGAUGCUGGCUCAAUCAACGCACAACCAUGAUGCUUUGGCGUCAUCCACACAAGACACCCUCUCCUACCAGGUACCUGACUCUGCAGCAACGUCUCCCCCAUGGGGUGAUGUGCGAACCUUGCCCAAAGCCGUUCGGAGGCGACGAGAUCUCACACUCAUCAUAGAGGCCAUCAGAGAGUUUGUGGGUGGAGUUUUCAAUGAUCCCGACACCCCUAUGACCAAAAUCUGUAAUUGGCAGAGAAUCAUGCCAGCCUGGCUCGAAAGAGAACUUGUCCCCGAUGACAGUGCUAAGCCAACACUGCAAUAUCAGCUCAUGCCCCUGCAGGAGUUUGACGAAUUGCGACUCGGUGGUUUCAGGCCAGCCAGUGUGCCACAUACCACUUUCACUGAUCGGGAAUCGGUUGAAAGGGCUUGGUCUGCAGAGAUUAGGCCUACCUGCAAGUCGACCCACGAGAUGUUGGGUUGGGAACUAAACAGUCAGUGUGAACCAGCAGUCGACGAAGUCACCUUCAUACAUCAAUGCCAGCAGCUGCCAAUAGAGCUCCCUGCUCCCAGGCCAAGCAUUAACGUCGCUGCAGCUAUGUUAUGA